AUGGACGCCAAGAUUAUCACAGGUUUUAUCCUAUGGUUUUGUUUUAUUUCAAGCAUAUUGAUAUCUCAAAUUGAAUCCUCCACACUCAAUUCAAGGCAAAGGUUUAGACGACAAAAUGAUGAAAGUAUUACUUGUCCGGAAGGAACUAAGCCUUGUAAAGAUGAUAACAAAAUGUGUGUUGCCUAUUGUGAUGGAAAUCCCCAAUGUGUUGAUGGUUCCGAUGAGCUCGAUUGUACUACGAGUAUUCCUGCUACAUCUUCUGACAGUAUUGCUUUUGCUCAAAGUACAGAAUCGAGUGGUAAUGAAAACAAACAUGUCAAUAUACUUGACGGAACAACUGCUAUAACCGAAGCUACUCUUCCACAAAUAAUACUACUCGAUCGAGAAACUAUACCGACAGAAGCUGGAAAUGCAGCCACUACUCAACAAUCAACUGCUGGAGAAGCACAAGCAGCAACAACUGUGCUUGCCGAUGGUGCAACUACAUCCGUGCAAGCAGAAACUACGGCUGCACCUGCCGCUGAUGGUACUACAACAGCUGGUGCUGCUGAUACUACAGCAGGUCCUGCUGCUGGUGCUACAACUGCUGCUGGUGCUACAACUGCUGCUGAUGCUACAACUGCUGCUGCUGCCGAUGCUACAGCAGAUGCUGAUGCUACAACAGCGGCUGCUAAUGCUGAUGUUACAACAGGUGCUGAUGCUGAUGCUACAACAGGUGCUGAUGGUGAUGCUACAACAGGUGCUGAUGCUGAUGCCACAACAGCUGAUGCUACUGGUGCUACGACUGAAGCAGCUGAAACUGGUGCUACUAGUGAUGCUACUAAAGUUACUGGAGCUGAAGAAGGAACAGCAACAACUGCUGGACUCACUCUUGAAACAUCAAGUGGUGCAGAUGACUUAACAUCAGCUAAACCAGGAAAUGGUCAUGUAACUGAAGAUGAAAGUACUACAACUGGAGAUGAAAGUACUACAACUGGAGAUGAAAGUACUGCAACUGGUGUUACUGGAGAUGUCACAAGUCCUCAGGAUGUAUCCGAUCAAGUAACGACUGUUGAUGCUGCUACUACAGAUUUGAGUGGAGCAACAACUGCGAGUGAUGCAACAGCAGCAGAGGGUACUACUGAUGCAACUAACGAUACAUCGACUGAUGUUUCAACUGGAAGUGAUGGAUUAUUGACAACAGUAAAAGACAAUGUAACUCAAGUUACUGGUACUGAAGAAGAUACAACAGUAGGACCUACUCAACCAGAACCUAGUGGUCGAGUUGAACUUCGUGUUGUUGUCAGUCCAGAAAUUCUUCAAGUACAACGUGGUCAAACUUAUGAAUUAACUUGUACUGUUUAUGGUGCUGAUGCAAGUACAACUAUUUAUUGGAUUCAAGAAGAACCAGAACGACGUUAUGCUCUUACUGAUCCAGCUGAUGCAAGUGAUAAACAAGUAACAAUGUCACAAGUAUCAUUAAAAGCACGUAUUACAAUUGAUGAUCCAAGUAAAAUUGGUAAAUAUACAUGUAUGGCACAAGAUACAGCUGGUAAUAGUGGUGCAGCUAUUCUUACUAUGGAAGAAGGUCGUUAUUAUCCACCACCUGUAUAUCCACCACCUGUAUAUCCACCAAUUGUACCUGCACCCGGUGGUCAAGGAUAUUUACGUAUUGUUGCACCUGAUAUGGCUGAAGGUGAUUAUGUAGAAAUUCAAUGUGAAGGUGCUGCACCAGAAGAUGAAGGACGUAUUCAAUGGUUUUUUAAUAAUCGACUUCUUAGCGAUGAACAACCACUUUAUCCACGUGGUAAAACUCUUCAUAUUCGUCCUAUUUCAAGACCUUAUUUGGGAACUUAUCGUUGUUCAAUUCCGGGUAGUAGUUAUGCAGAUGCAAAUAGUGUUCUUACAUUUGGAGGUCCAGUUCCAACAACAACUCUUCCAAGCUAUCCUUCUACAUUUACUGUAACAAUUGAUAUUGUUCAAGGUCAAACAGCUCCAGGACAAGCACAAGAAAAUUCACAAGUCAUUCUUCGAUGUCAUCCAAGUGAACAAGCUAACAAUUAUCGAUGGACAUUUACAUCUAGUCAAGGAGCAGUCAAUCGUGGUCAUACAGAUCAAUUAGUUCUUCCUCGAGUUACGGUUUACGAUUCAGGUGUAUACACAUGUGAAGCAACUAAUACUCGUGGUCAAUCAGCACAUGGUACACUCAAUCUUUAUGUGUCCGCUGUUCCUCAACAGCCAGUUUCUGGUCGAUGUAGUGUUGAUGAAGCUAAUUGUCGUAAUGGUCGAUGUAUUCCUCGUGCAUUUCUUUACGAUGGUAAAAAUGAUUGUGGUGAUAAUAGUGAUGAAGCUGGUGGACCAUCAGGUGGAGGUGAUGCAUGUCAAGCAAAUGAAAUUCGUUGUACGAAUGCCGAUCGUGGACGAAAAUGUGUACAGAAAUUUUGGAUGUGUGAUGGUGAUCGUGAUUGUGAUGAUGGAAGUGAUGAAGAUCAACGUUAUUGUGAAUUACUUCCUCGUCAACGUUACUGCAAACCAAGUGAAUUUCAUUGUGGUGGUUCAAAUGCUACAACACCAAAUCCAAUAUGCAUUCCACGAUCAUUUCAGUGUGAUGGUUAUAAUGAUUGUCCUGAUCGUUCGGAUGAAGUUGGCUGUGUUAAACCAAUUGUUGUUUCGGCACCACAACGUCAAAUUCAAAUUAAUGCUGGUCAAACAUUAACUAUACAAUGCAUAGCUCGUGGUUCACCAGCACCAUAUAUUAAUUGGCGUCUUAAUUGGGGACAUGUUUGUGGUGAUGGUUCAGAUAAUGGACGAUGUACACUGUCACAAACUGUUGAUCCACAUGAUCCAAAUCUUGUAACUGGUACACUUACUGUUCGUAAUGUUAAUACAGCUGAUGGUGGUGCUUAUUCAUGUGAAGCACUUAACAAUCAAGGAUUUAUUUUUGCUGUUCCAGAUGCCAUUGUUGAUGUUAUUAUUGUUACCGAUCGCCGACCACCACCACCACCACCGCCACCACAAUGUAAUUGUAAUGGUCAUUCAUCAUAUUGUACACCUGAUGGACAAUGUCUUAAUUGUCAACAUAAUACUGCUGGUUAUAAUUGUGAAUUCUGUGCACCAGGUUAUCAAGGUGAUGCUCGUCGAGGUACACCAUAUGAUUGUCAACCAGUUACAAUUGCACCACCAACAUCACGUUGUCUUCCAUCUGGUACACAUAUGGAACGUGGCGGACGUUGUAUUUGUAAAUACAAUGUUGAAGGUGAUCGAUGUGAUCAAUGUAAACGUAGUCAUUUCUAUUUAAAUCCAACAACACCAAAUGGUUGUUUACCAUGUUUUUGUUCGGGUGUAUCAACGGAUUGUACUUCAACGGAUUGGAGACGACAACCUAUUCAACUUUCAUUAAAAAAUUGGAAUGCCGUACCAAAAACUUUUGCUACUGAUCCAUAUGAAGCACGUGAUCGAAUUCAACAACGUCAGGGUGGACAGGAAAUAGCACUUGAUCAAAGUUCAUUAGGACGACCAGCGAAUGAUGUUCUCUAUUGGCGAGCACCAAAAGAAGUACUUGGAAAUUUUGUUACAUUAUAUGAUGGUAAUAUUGAUGUUCAUUUUACAAAUGAUGGUAAUGAUAAUGAACCACCAAGUAAUGAUGAAUUUAUAUGGUUACGUGGUAAUAAUAUUGAUCUUGUUCAUAAACUUCCACAAACUCAACGAUUUAGAGCAAAUUCAAAUGCUACUUAUUCGGUACCAUGUAAUGAAAGAACAUUUACACGUAAAGAUGGUACAUAUAUUGACCGAGAAAAUAUUCUUAUGGCUCUAGCAGAUUUAGAUACUUUACUUGUUAAAAUAAAUCCAAUUGGUGGUCGACGUAAUGCUGUUCUUCAUGGUGUUACUUUAAAUGUUGCUGCUCGUGAUGGUUAUGCAGAUGCAGCGCCAACAGUUGAAUCAUGUCGUUGUCCAGCUAAUUAUACAGGUUCAUCGUGUGAAAAAUGUGCUGAAGGUUAUGGUCGUCCACAUCCAUUAAUUGGUAUUUAUUUGGGUCAAUGUUUGUCAUGUCGAUCAUUAUGUAAUGAUCGAUCAGAUCGAUGUGAUCGAGAUACUGGCAGAUGUCUUGAUUGUCAAGCUAAUAGCGAAGGUGAUCGAUGUGAACGAUGUCGUCCUGGUUAUAUACUCGAUCCACGAUUGAAUCAAUGUACAAGAGAUGAACAACAAUAUCCAUCUUAUCCAGUACCACCACCAUAUGUACCUAGUCCAAGAGGUGCUUAUUAUGUCGAUCAACGACCUUAUGAUACACGUGGUGCAGCUCCAUUAAAUAUUAUCUUAGAUGGUAAUCAACCAGAACAACGUGUUCCACUUCAAGUUCUUAAUGCUCAACCACAAUCAAUUGUAUGGGGUCGUACUGAUGGUAGUCCAUUACCACCAAAUGUUGUACAAGAAGGCAAUGAUCUUGUUUUUCGUAAUCCAUCAGCUGAACAAGCUGGAAAUUAUAUUUGCACAAUAACUCAUCCUGAUGGUUCUGUUGAACGUAUUGCUAUUUAUUUAGAAUAUCGUCCAGGUCAACGACAACCUGUUAGUCCUCCAUUUCCUUAUCCAGUAUUUAAUCAACCAAGUCCAUUGACAUUACUUGAAGGUGAUAACCAAUUCGUACAACCUCAAGGUGCAUUUUAUGGAGUUUAUUGGCGUCGUGAUGGUGGUCAACCACUUCCGUUAGGUAUAACUCAAAAUGGUAAUGGUUUACAAAUUAGUAAUGCAAGACCAGAGCAUUCGGGUACUUAUUAUUGUGAAAUACAUGGAAGUGAUGGUUCACAUAUAUCUAUUCCAUAUGAACUUCGUGUUCAACAUGUUGAACGACCACGUCCUAUUGAUCGACCACAACCAGGUACUGGUGGUUCACCAAAGAUAACAAUUGAACCAAGAACAAUUAAUUUAAAAGAAGGUCAACGUAUGAUUGUUCAAUAUACAGUUAGCUCACAAGAUCCAAUUGAUGUUACUUGGAAUAAAUUGACAGAUCAAGGUUAUCAACCAAUUCCAUCAUUAUUUGCUGUUGAACCAAAUCGUCUUGUACUUAAUCGUGCAACAUCUGAGGCAGCUGGUACAUAUCAAGUUGUUGUACGUAAUCCACAUGGUGAAGAUAGACAAGAAUUACGUAUUAAUGUUGAACCACGACGUGGUCGAGGACGUGAACAACAAGCUGGUGCACCACGAAUUCAAUUUUCACAAGAUCAAUAUGAUAUAAGUCCUAAUCAAGUAGUUGAUAUUGUACCAACUAUUACUGGAGCAAGUGGAGCAAGAGCAACUUGGUCAAAAGAUGGUUCAGGAUAUUUACCUGACGGUGUUAUUGCACAUAGUGACGGAGCAUUACGUGUUGAAGGACGAUCAAGCAAUGUUGAUGGACGAUAUACACUUAAUGUUGCGAAUGCUUAUGGUCAUGUAUCAGCACCAGUUGUUAUUCGAUGGAGAGACACAGCUGGUUCACAUGGUGCUCAUGAUGCACAUGGUGCUCAUGGUGCACAUGGUGCACAUGGUGCUGAUGGUGCUGAUGCUGCACAUGGUACACAUGGUGCUGAUGGUGCUCGUGGUGCACAUGGUGCUCAUGGUGCUGAUGGUGCUCAUGGUGCUGAUGGUGCUCAUGUUGAUCAAAAUCGAAAAAUUCAUUGGAAUGUUCAAAGAUUAGAUUUAAAUGAAGGUCGUCGUCUUGAAGCUGUUUGUCGAAGUGAUGUUGAUCCAUUAACACUUCGUUUGGAUGUUACACGUAAUAAUGGUCGACAACGUGAAUCAGUACCACUUGGUCUUUCAUUUUCAAAUGGUUAUUUAUCAUUGGGUGCUGUGACAAUACAAGACAAUGGACUUGAAUUUACUUGUUCAUCAGGAAAUGUUUCUGAUACCUUAACGCUUAGUGUUAGCCCAUCAAGUCAUAAACAAGAUGGUGCACGUAGUUUUAUUGAUGUACGUCUUGGACCACGUGAUGAAGAAAAUCAUCAAAUUGGACGUGACAUUCAAUUACAAUGUGCAGUUCAAGGAAGUGUUGAACGUCCAUAUGAAUAUACAUUUACUAAAGAUGGUCAACCAUUAGAAAAUAAUGUUGAAAUACAUCCAAAUGGUCUAUUAAUUAUUCGUAAUGCUCAAGCUAAUGAUGCAGGACGUUAUCGAUGUGAAGUUAACUUUCCACGUUCACCAGAAGCUGGAACACAAGAAAGUAAUUAUGAUCUUCGAAUUGAAGGUGGUGGCGGUAGUGGUCAUGAUCAAAGUUUUCAACAUGGUGGUGAAUAUCAACCACAAAGUGAUUAUGUUGAAGUAACUAUUGAACCAAGUGAAGUAACACUUGGACGUGGCGAAAAAGCCAAUUUAACAUGCCGUGUUAAAGGUGCUCAACAAUAUACUAUAACAUGGACUAAAUAUGCACAUGAUACAGGUUUACCAAAUUAUGCUCGUCAACAAGGAAAUAGUGUUAUAUUAACUCCAACUGAUGAAUCACCUGCUGAACAAAUGUAUUUACAAUGUUCAGUAGCUGUACCUGGUCAACCUCAACCAUAUCUUGGUUAUGCACCAGUUACUCUUCGUGCAAAUGAUGAAUUACGAGGUUUUUUUUCAACAGAAAAUUUGUAUUCAUAA